AUGAUAGACACGAGCAAGAAACAGAAAAACCAUAGUAGGAGUAGCAGAAAGAGGGGUAAAGAAAGAAAAGUACCUGAGCUAGUUCUUGAAAACAGAAGCACAUCAAUUGAGUCUACUACUAUUAAGUUCAAGAACUCAAAAAGGGUAAAUGAGAAACAGAAGCAAAGGGCCACAAUCCCUAACAACUACAACAAGUGCGAUGAGAUCGAGAAGGCUCUAUUAACGUUCUCUUCCUUCAAUCCACUCUCUCUUCCCUCCUCUUUCUCUCCCCGUCCUUCCUAUGAUGUAAGUGUUAUUGUAGGUGCUUAA